CAGGGGAGUGAACGACCGGGCCAUGGAGACGUGGCUGAACCAGUCAUCCGAAGGCGGCUUUGUCCUCCUGGGCAUCUUCUCCUACAGUCCAGCCGACCUCGUGCUCUUCUCCGCGGUGAUGGUGGUCUUCACAGUGGCCCUGUGUGGGAACGUCCUCCUCGUCUUCCUCAUCUACGUGGCCCCCCAGCUGCACACACCCAUGUACUUCUUCCUCAGUCAGCUCUCCCUCAUGGACCUCAUCCUGGUCUGUGACAUCGUGCCGAAGAUGGCGGUCAACUUCCUGUCCGGCAGGAAGUCCAUCUCCUUUGUGGGUUGUGGCAUCCAGAUCGGCUUCUUCGUUUCUCUCGUGGGAUCUGAGGGGCUCUUGCUUGGACUCAUGGCUUACGACCGCUACGUGGCCAUCAGCCACCCCCUUCACUACCCCAUCCUGAUGAGUCGGAGGGUCUGUCUCCAGAUCGCUGGGAGCUCCUGGGCCUUCGGGAUAACCGACGGGCUGAUUCAGAUGGUGGUGGUAAUGACCUUCCCCUACUGCGGCUCGAGGGAGGUGGACCACUUCUUCUGCGAGGUGCCAGCUCUACUGAAGCUGGCCUGUGCAGACACGUCCCUCUUUGAUACCCUGCUCUUUGCUUGCUGUGUCUUCAUGCUUCUCCUCCCCUUCUCCAUUGUCGUGGCCUCCUAUGCACGCAUCCUGGGGGCUGUGCUCCGCAUGCACUCUGCUCGGGCUCGGAAGAAGGCUCUGGCCACCUGCUCCUCCCACCUGGCAGCGGUCUCCCUCUUCUACGGUGCAGCCAUGUUCAUCUACCUGAGGCCUAAGCGGUACCGGGCCCCGAGCCAUGACAAGGUGGUCUCUGUGUUCUACACGGUUCUUACUCCUAUGCUCAACCCCCUCAUUUACAGCUUGAGGAACCGGGAGGUGAUGGGGGCCGUGAGGAAGGGGCUGGGCCGUUGCAGGGUUGGCAGCCAGCGCUGAGGCCAGUGCUCCCUUUACUGCUGUGUGAGGCUGGGAAGUCGCUUUCCCUGGCGAGUGUGCAAUUCCAUCAGCAAAUGAGAAUCCGGACACCUGCCCAACCCCUCAGGGACUUUGUAAGGAUCACAACACACAUAAAAGCAUGAAGAGGCAAUGCCUUGCUGCCAUGGUCAUUUUUGAUUGUUUAUGGCAUCCCGGAACUAAAUUUAUUGUACUUCUUAAUUUUUAAAAAAUAUAUAUUUUUUUGAGUACUUACUAAGUCCUAAGCACUUUUCCUGUUUUCUUACAUACCAACUUCUUUUUCUUCUCUUA